AUGAAGACCAUCUACACAGCAAUUCCCUUGGCCGUAUUGGCUGCCGUUGCACAAUCACAGGAGCAUGGCCACCCCCACGACUCUGGCGUGCUCGAUUUCUUGGGCGGCAACACUGAGAAGGGCGAUUUUCUAGGAGAUACGUAUGACCAUGAUUUGCUCGCCGACGGCUUCAACAAGCCUAACAAGAAACCCGAGGGUCAUGGCCCCGACCAAGGUCCCAGUGCGGGUGCUCUGAACGUUCCUCGUGAUGGUGCGUCUGGAUUUGACCCCUCUGCUGGAUUUGAUGCCCACGACGCCGCGUCCAAUAUCAACUCUCCCAAGUUCAACUCUCCGACCAUCUCUCCUGAUGUCAACUCUCCUAUCAGUGGCCCUCACAACUUCAAUGCACAAAAGGGACCACACACUAAUGGCGGAGAUAACGAGAUUGACGGCGGAUACAAAAACGACAACAUCGUCAUCACCCAAGUGGCUGACUACCAGGGUCAGGCUGCUUCGGAGCAGGACAACUACAUUGCUCCCCCGCCGCCACCACCCCCGUUCCCUCACGGAGGCCCUCCUCCUGAGGGGCCUCCCCAUGGUGUUCCUCCCCACGGUGCACCACCUCACGAAGAGGGUGGUGAGCAUGGACCUGAGCAGCUUCCUCCCGGCCAGCACUCUGAACCUCAACACCAUGUCCCAGGACCCUCUGCUGAGAUUCCAACCCCGGAAGGUGGACCAGGCCCAGCUACUGGCCCUGAACACCACGCUCCACCUGCACCAAAGGAGGAGAAGCCAGAGCCUGCUCCUCCAGCACCCCAUGGCCCCCCACAACAGGUUCCUCAAGAGUAUCCUCACCACGAAGAGCCUCCCCACGAAGAGCCUCAUAGCGAGGAGCCCCAUGCCCCCCCUCAACAGGUUCCUCAAGAGUAUCCUCACCACGAAGAGCCUCCCCACGAAGAGCCUCAUAGCGAGGAGCCCCAUGCCCCCCCUCAACAGGUUCCUCAAGAGUAUCCUCACCACGAAGAGCCUCCCCACGAAGAGCCUCAUAGCGAGGAGCCCCAUGCCCCCCCUCAACAGGUUCCUCAAGAGUAUCCUCAACAAGAGCCUCAUCACGAGGAGCCCCAUGCCCCCCCACAACAGGUUCCUCAAGAGUAUCCUCAACAAGAACAGUCUCACCACGAGGAGCCCCAUGCUCCACCCCCUGCUGCGCAUCCAGUCCCAGCCCAGCCCCAGGAAGAACCCCCUCACCCAGACCGCCAGGGAGCGCGAGAAACCCCGUGCACAUUCCACAACCACGAGACUCCCUAUCCUCAAGCACGACCACAAUCUGCCGCUCCCCAACCUGAAUUCGGCCAAGGCUACCCCAAACCCCUUGGAUCAACCCCAGGUGCUCAGCGUGGUGAAGGUGAGGCCUACCCAGCCCAUGCGCACAUCAGCUACGCCGCCCAAUCCAGCGCUGCUUACUCUGCUGUCCGAGUCCACACCGCCAAGCCAUCUUCAGAGGCACGUCCUCACGUCUCCUACCACGUUGAGGCACACUCGUCUUUCGUAGUUGUUAAGCCCUCGCACACACCUAGCACUACGUCCGCUUCUCGCGCUGUUGCUACUCCCGCGCCUCACCCCGGCCCCAGUGCUACUUUUUCUGCCUUUGCUGGUGGUGCUGGCUCUUUCUCUGUACCACAAGGAUUUGGCAUGGCUGUUGCAGGUGCCCUUGCUUUCCUCCUGUGA